GCGUGGAGAGCAGCGUGAACGUCAAAACAGAGUCUUAUGAGAUGAACUAAUCAAGCUGUUAUAGAAGUGCAUUUGUUUUAUUAUCAUACUUUAUCAAAAAUUACAUUUCAUCCCAGUUACUGGACGUGAAAGGCACCGUCAUUUAAAGCGGAAGACGCAGAGAAAUGCAAGCUGGAUCCAGAUAUAAGCCUCACAUUCAGCUGACAUGAUGUCGUUCACAUUACAGUGGAGUGCUGCUUUCCCCUCAGCAUUGUUCUGUCGAUGUAGUUCAAGAUGUAGUUCAAAAUCCUUUCAACGACACUGCAAUCGCACAUUGUCCGAGAAAGUGAGAGUAUCUGAUGCGCUCUCGAGCAAAGAGACUGGGUCAAACGUUAGAAUACAGGGAUGGGUUCGAUCCGUCAGGCCACAGAAAGACAACCUCUUCUUGCAUGUGAAUGAUGGAAGUUCAUUGCAAUCUCUACAGGUUGUUGCCAGCUCACACUUGAAUACCAGAGACCUCACAUUUGGCUGUGCUGUUGACAUCACUGGCACCUUAGAGAAGAGCCCGAGUAAGAGACAGAAUGUGGAGUUACGUGCUCGGCAUAUUGAAGUGGUUGGAGAAUGCAAUCCUGUGGACUUUCCUUUCAAGAUCAAGGAGCGUCAUUCUCUGGAGUAUGUCAGGCAGUUCCCUCACCUCCGAUGCCGAACAAAUGCCUUCAGCUCUCUGCUCAGGAUACGCAGUGAGGCUACAACUGCUAUCCAGUCGUUCUUCAGGGAUAACGGUUAUGUGCAGAUACACACACCAGUAAUCACCUCAAAUGACUGUGAGGGAGCUGGAGAACUCUUCCAAGUUGAGCCUGCAGGGCAUAAUGACUCCGAUGACCCAAACCCACAUUUCUUCUCUGUGCCGGCUUAUCUAACAGUCUCAGGACAACUGCACCUGGAGGUGAUGGCAGGGGCUUUUUCUGCAGUGUACACAUUCGGUCCCACGUUCAGAGCGGAGAACUCUCAAAGCAGGAGACACUUGGCAGAGUUUUACAUGGUAGAGGCAGAGAUUGCCUUCACUGAGUCACUAGACGACCUUAUGAAGGUAAUGGAGGGCUUAUUCAAAGCUGCCACGGAGCAUGUGCUGUCCUCUUGCGCAGAGGAUGUAGAGUUAUUUCACAAAUAUAUUGCACCAGGACACAGGGAUCAAGUGGAUCUCAUGUUGAAAAGAAAAUUUUAUGUCAUUUCUUACACCGAGGCCAUAGACAUUCUAAAGAGCAGUUCACAGAACUUUACAAUCAGCACUGAGUGGGGCUGCGAUCUUCAGACAGAACAUGAGAAGUUCCUAGUGAAACAUUGUGGAAAUGUCCCAGUGUUUGUCAUCAACUAUCCCUACGAGUUAAAGCCUUUCUAUGCCCGAGACAACCAGGACCAGCCCAACCACACUGCAGCUGCUGUAGAUCUCUUGGUGCCUGGAGUGGGGGAGCUUUGUGGUGGAUCCCUGAGAGAGGAGAGACUAGAACUUCUGAGUCAACGACUAGCACAAGCUGGAUUGGAGGACACAUAUGCAUGGUAUCUGCAGCUGAGAGAGUUUGGCUCAGUCCCCCAUGGUGGGUUUGGGAUGGGCUUUGAGAGGUAUCUUCAGUGCAUUCUGGGACUCCACAAUAUUAAAGAUGUGAUCCCAUUUGCAAGGUUCUCACACUCCUGCCUGCUUUGAAACAGUGUUUUCCCGAAGCCACCCAACACUGCACAUUUUGAAUGUCUUUUAUGUGUGACACCCAUUUGAGGUCUUGAAGUCUCUAUCAAUGAGCUGAUGAUCUGAGUCAGGUGUGUUUGAUUAGGUAAGCAUACAAAAUGAGCAAUAUUGAUGAAGCUAGAAACACAUUUUUGGAACCACUGCUCUAGUGUAGCAGGAUGACUAAUGUGUUUCAUGCAUUUUUAUGAAACACAUUCAUCUUCUCUGUUAUAGAUAGGAGCAGAUAUUAUUCAACAGCCUCCCUAAAAAAAGUAGUCAUUUGUUUUUGUUGAUUUUUUUUUAUUAUUUAUGACCACUAUCAUCAAUCACAUUUAACAUCUUUGAAAUAAAAUCAAAGACAGCAUCUUUGAUCUUGUGAUGCAGAAGAGUU